UAGGUUUGAUCGUUUACCCCACAAACUAGACCGUUUGUGCUCGUGAUCGUGAGUAUGGCAGAACCGUCCCACGGGUCCGCCCAAAACACCAACGACAGCUUGAUCGCGAUGAACGCUCAGGCGGAACCGGGCGUUACCGAUCUGGUCGAGAUGCGUCGGCUGGAACCGCUCGAGCUGGGCUACGCAGAGGACGGUACGGCCAGCGUAUCGGAGGUGGACGGUCGGCGAAAGACACGGGCAAGUCAAACGCAAACGUACGACAUCCACAAGGGAAUUGCCGAAAGUGCCAUGGACAUAUCGCUGCUGACGGCGAACGCGAACCAGCUGCGGCUGCUGAUGACGUACAACGAGAAGUCGCACACGUACGUGGCCUGCAUUGCGCUCGUUAUAAGCUCGCUGGUGUUGCAGAUUUUUGUGGCCAGUGGUGUUAUCAUUAUAAAGAGCUAUCCACGAUCGAAGCCAAAUCGUAGAAUUCACAAGCUAAAAGUGUGCACCUCCAUACUGGUGUCGAUCAUCACGGUCAUAAACAUUCUGGUGGCUUCGCUCGUCAUCACGGAUAAGUAG